UAUUUAUCUAAAAUAACGUUAAUUAAAGUAAUAUUAAUAAUAACCACUUUAUAUACUUACUUUUGGUAUUUGUUUACUUCUGUUCAAGUGGAAAUAUUCAUUGCAUUUUGUUAGUUGUUUGGUUGCUACAAAGGGAAACCAUAUUAUAUUAAUUAUAUUAUACGAAACGAUGUACAUACCUUUUUAAUAACAAUAAUACCUUCAAUAAUUAUUAUUAAUAAAUAAUCUGAUUGUGAUUUUUGUUUAGAUUAAUUAAUUUGUGGUUAGGGCAGAAACGUCAAAUCAUCAACGGGUCUAACGGUGUUGCCAGCUUCUUGAAGUUUUCUUAAAUCAUAUUUCACCUCAUUCAUAUUUAGUCUCUAAAUAAUUAAUUUUAGCAUUUAACUUAUUUUAAUACUUUUAUUUAUUAAUGAUCUUAAACUCUUAUCAAUUGUAUCUAGUUGUAAUUGCAUUUAACUUAUUAUUAUUGUUUGAUUUAUUAUUAAGUUUCUUUUAUUAUCGGAUUACUCCUGGCAACAUUGGUACUUAACUGGUUGCGGAUGUACCUAGGGAUUUUAUAGCUAAAUUUAUAUCAGGAAGGGGUAUCGAUAUUAAAAUUCCAAGCGCCCACCUGUCUGGUGAUUUCCUUUCUUUUCUUUUCGGCACGCUGGCAGUGAAGUCACGUUUUGAGUUGGAAAAAUCCUUUCAUUUGAUUUUGGGAAAGGUUAAUAAUUCUCUACGUUUAAUUGAUAUUAUAUAUAUAUCAUACAGCUACGGCUGGAUUGAGACGAAACUAAUAGCGUUGCAUCUUUUGUAUUAUUUCCAAGGAAAUCGCCCACAGUUUGGGCACCUUGGUUUGGUUUUUCUUUUUACGCACCAACUUGAUUCCACGAGGGUUUUCACGACUGGCUAGCGAGGUUCCUGUUCAAACCAAUUGAUCAGCUAAGGGGAAGCCACGUGGUUGGGCCUUCUGGUUGUGCGGCAGAUCCUGGCGUAGGGGAUUUUUUUUGGGACCCUUACGAAUAAAAGCUAAGUACCAAACUCUUUAUUAGCUCCCUCUCGUUCCUGCGUACUUAAUAAAUAUUGUACCUAUUUUUUUUUGUUGCUUCUGAUUAGUUUUAGUAAAGACCAUUUAUUUAGUAAUUUAAGUAUCAUUUAUAUCGUGGGUACCCCGUUUUUCAUAUAUAUUAAAUUUUAGUAGAGUAGGUAAUUUUUUUAGUCUAGGUUACACUAACUGGUCAUCUAACGGGUAACCAGGAUUAUCAAUUGUUGCAAAUAUUUAAUUUAUAAUAUAGUCAUUUUAAUUUCCCUAUAUUAUUGUAAUAAUUAUUUAAACCAUUUUAAAUUGUAUUGUUUCAAAUGAUGAGCUACCCUACUCUGAAUAAACGUCUGUCUUGUUAAUCUGUGUUUUAUUGUGUAAUUACAUUGAACUAAAAUUUGGUGUUUUAUAUAGGUACAAUUUUGAACCCACCUCCCAAACGGGAAGGUAGCAAAUGGCGCCCGAACAGUUGUAAGAGUCCGCAGGAGAGAGCAAAGCAUUUCAUCAGUUUCCAUCAUCGUCAGGAUCACCAAGAAGUCCCUACUCAUCAAUUUAACAGUCAACAGUCUACGCUGGAUGUGCCAAGUCCAACCUAACUCGAGAGUAAUUGGAUAAAAUUGGUAGAUAUAUUUAUUGUAAACUGUGUAUUUUUUCCCGCAUUUUUUUUGGUCCUUUGCACUCUAUUUUUCUGAGAUUAUAAGAGGGUAUUUAAAAAAAAAAUAUAGAUUAUAUUUGCUGGUUAGAUUGCUCAAUUGGUUUAUUCAGCUUUCUCUUUAAAUUUAAAGUUUGAAAUUUUUAAUAGUAAGUUAAUUGAUAAUUUAUUCUGAAUUUAUUUGAAUUUUUUUUAAUCUUUAUAUAAGUCCUAUUUUCUAUUUCUAUUUCGUAUCAUAAUACUUAUCAAAAUGAUGAAAAUUGAACCUGAUAGGCUCGUAAAGGAAGAGCUUGAGUAUGAAAUUAAGAUUAGAGGAAUUUUACCAACUGGAAAUGUCAAAGAGUUAACAAGGACACUUCGUGAUUUGCUAACUUUAGAGAACGAGGGUCAUUCAUUUAGUAUGAAAGUUGAGUUUGAUGCUGAGAGUGAAAUUAAAAUUUGCCAGGAAAAAUUAAUAGAUCUUGAAUCUCUGAUUAAAGCUCCACUAUCGGAGGCCAUUAUUAGAAAAUUAAAAUCAAAAUUAGGGCAUUUAGUAGGUCGUUGUGAGAGAAUUACUUCCAAUGAUAAAGAAAUAAUAGAAAUAAAAGCAAAACUCUUAACUGAUAUUUUUAAGUAUGUAUCACUUUUUCGAAAGUUGUGUGAGGAACAUAAGGGAUCGUCAGAACCUUUAGAUAUCCAAUUUCAGCAAAGUUUAAUAACUUCAACUCCCAAUAGGUCUAGUUCAAAUGCAACUGAAAAUCAAAGUGCAACUGGGCUGCCAGUAUUAAUGAAUAAUUUAAGUCUUAACAAAAGGGUUAAUUUUUCUUCGUGGGGUUUAACUUUUAGUGGGGAUUCAGAUACAAUGGGAUUAAAUGCAUUUUUAGAAAGAAUUGAAGAACUGUGUGAAGCUCAUAAUGUGUCACAUGAUGAUUUAUUCAGGGGUGCUAUUGAAAUUUUUGAGGGAAAGGCUCUUAUUUUCUACAGGGCAUUAAAAGGGAAAGUUAAUGAUUGGAAAACUUUAUGUGAACAUUUCAGGGAAGAAUUUUUGCCUAGGGAUUAUACUGAAAGGUUAUGGGAGCAAAUCAAAUCAAGAACUCAAGGGGAAAAAGAAUCCAUUACAAUUUAUGUAGCAUACAUGACUAAUUUAUUUAACAGAUGCUCUGCAUCAAUAAACGAAGCUAUGAAACUAAAAAUUUUGAGAAAAAAUAUUUUACCAUUUUAUCAAACGCAGCUAGGGUUAGUGGACAUAUCUACAGUGGAUGAACUUAUUAAGCUUUGUAAACGAAUUGAGGAUAGUAGAGUGAAUGUUUUGAAUUUUGUACCGCCAACAGUAGAUAAGCACUCAGUUGAACCAGAUUUGCUAUAUAAGGCUAAUGCGAUUGAAAAACAAAGUAGGAAAAGGUUAGAUAGUUUGGAAGCAGAGAAACAAGUCAGUUUUAAUUUACAACCAAGUAAUAAACAAAUUUCAAAUAAUAAAAGUAGAAACUAUAGUUCAGAUAGAGAAAGUACAGAUAGAAAUGCUCACUUAGGUAGAAAUAGAGAAAUUAGUAACGAUAGGUUAAAUCGGGGUAGCGUUAGGGAACAAGACAGACGAACUGGGACAGUAAAUAAAUGGAGAGAUGGGUCAUAUGAUAGAGCUAGAUUUUAUAGGAAUAGGAGUAACGAUCGUUCGAGUAGUGUUGAAAGUUAUAAUGGGGACAGAUUUUAUCAAGACAGAAGUAGGGAACGUCAUAAUACCCCAGAAAGGUAUUAUAAUAAAAAUAGGUUAAGUAGAAAUAAUGAUUAUUUUGCUGGGAAUCAGCCUAGGGAAAAUAGUUUUAAUAGGGGCAGGUCGUCCUGUAGGGAUAGAUCUGAUUUAGGUAGUUAUAGGGAACAUAGAAAUAGUAGGUAUGAUAGUUAUAAUAGGGAUUUGGAUAAUAACACUAGAGGGAACGUCGUUAAGUGUUAUAGAUGUAAUGGGGAUAAUCAUUUAGCAAGACAUUGUAAAGCGCAGGUCAGAAAGUGUUUUUCUUGUGGGUUAUUAGGUUAUACAAAAGUUAGUUGUCCAAAAUGUAAUAAACAGGGAAACGGUUCGAGGAGUUAAGUGUAAACCGAGCUUCAACUUCGACGGUUUUAUCGGUUGAUAAUUUUGGCUUAGAUUCUAGUAUUGAUAAUUUUUGUUCUAAGGAUGAACUGUUUAACUUUAACACAUAUAGUAAACCAAUUUUAGACUACAUGUUAACUCAGGCCGGAGAUGGUGAAUGUCCAUAUGUUUCAGUUAGGUUAUAUGAUUGGGAAGUAAAAGGGUUGCUUGAUUCUGGGGCGAAUAGAAUAUUUGUCAAUGAGCACACUAUGAAUGUGAUGUUAAGUUUAGGGGUAAAACUACAAAAUGUUUCUGACAUGACUUGUACUGUCGCAAAUGGCUCUGAACUCGAGUGUCUAGGAUUUAUGUCAGUGCCAAUUAAGCUUAAAAACAAAAUAGUCGUUUUCCAAGUAUAUAUUUUAAACAAUCUUAGGCAUAGGUUAGUGCUAGGAACCGAAUUUUGGAUUAAAAUGGGGAUUGUACCAGAUUUGAGAAGGGGUGAAUGGCAUUUUGGGGAA